AUGCGGGCGUGCUGGCUGGUGAGGCAGGAUAACCUGCACCAGCGAAUCCGACUUCCUCAUUUGGAAACAGUUGUGAUUGGACGAAGCCCAGAGACUAAGAUCACUGAUAAGAAAUGUUCUCGACAGCAAGUACAGCUGAAAGCAGAGUGUAACAAGGGCUAUGUCAAGGUCAAGCAGGUAGGGGUCAACCCCACCAGUAUCGACUCAGUCAUAAUUGGGAAGGACCAAGAGAUGAAGCUGCGGCCUGGCCAGGUUCUCCACAUGGUGAAUGAACUUUAUCCGUAUGUUGUAGAAUUUGAGGAAGAGACAGAAAAUCCUAGCCUGGAAACAUGCAGGAAAAGAAAGAGGUCAGGCAACAGUGAUUCGUUAGAAAGGGAUGCCCAAGAAGCUGAGACAGGGACAAGACCAGGUCCCAGGGGUGGCAUUACCCACUGCUCUGUGACCCCGAAGAAGGAGGAAGAGGCAUCUACCAAAAAGGAAUCAUUAGGCCACUGGAGUCAAGGUUUGAAGAUUUCUAUGCAAGAUCCCAAAAUGCAGGUUUACAAAGAUGAGCAGGUGGUGGUGAUUAAGGACAAGUAUCCCAAGGCCCGUCAUCACUGGCUGGUUUUACCCUGGGCCUCCAUUUCCAGUUUGAAAGCUGUGACCCAGGAACACCUGGAGCUGCUCAAGCACAUGCAUUCUGUGGGGGAAGAGGUCAUUGCAGAUCAUGCUGGCUCCAGCAAACUCCGCUUCCGGCUGGGCUACCACGCCAUCCCCAGCAUGAGCCAUGUGCACCUCCAUGUGAUCAGCCAGGAUUUUGACUCCCCUUGCCUUAAAAACAAAAAGCAUUGGAAUUCUUUCAACACAGAAUACUUUCUAGACUCACAAGCUGUGAUCAAGAUGGUACAGGAGGCUGGCCGAGUGACUGUUGGAGAUGGAAUGUCCGAGCUCUUGAAGUUGCCCCUUCGCUGUCAUGAGUGCCAGCAGCUGCUCCCUUCCAUCCCUCAGCUGAAGGAGCAUCUCAGGAAGCACUGGCCAAAGUGA